AUGAGAGCGUAUUUUAUUGCUUGUCUAUUUCUCUUUCAUUUCGCUCUAACCAGGGCAGAUGAUGGUGAAUAUGCAAGCGUAUUGUUGGAUCCUCUAUCAAACCGACUUUAUGUCGAAGACGAUGUUCUUGAAGGCGCUGUAGCAUGGGCUAGAUUCUCCAACCAAGUCAACAAGACUGGGUAUGUUCACUAUGUUGCUUUUGUUCAUACACACUUUCUGAAUUGUCGUGUUUAAUGCCGUUUAUAUUUUAGUCAAUACUUGACUGCCAAGUCAAAGUGCUAUGGUGUUCUAGUUUAUACCUCAAAUCAAUAAGGCUCAAAAGUAUUAGGUUUUAAUAUGUCAAGUUUAUGUUAUUUGGCUUAUGUCAAAGUUUAUAUAGCAUAACUUCCGUCAUGUGAUUUGCAUUUGCGUGCUUCGUAUAAAAUUCACGUGGUAUAUAAGAUAUAAGAAUUUAGAUAUAAGGAAAUUUUUUUGGCAAAAGAAAAUUUUGCGUCGUAAGUGGAAACAGUAAUUUCAGUGGAAUCAAUGUUAGGUUUUGCAUAAAAUUAGAAUAUUUUCCAUUAUUGAUGAACUUUUGGAAUGAACUGUAGGCAAGGGGUGCGUGCACAUUUAGAAAAAUUUCUACCCCCCUAGAGAAUUUCUACCUGACCACCCCAGGAAUGACCCCUCCCCCCACCAGAUUAGCCUGUACCAAUACUGAAAUUAUGUUGCUAUAUAGAUGGUCAUACUUAGAGGUGCACACAACAAGUUCCUACCCAGACGACAUCCAGUCUCUGGCUGCUGGCAUGGUAGAAGGAUAUUUGACAGCAGAAUUUAUCUUGAUGCAGUGGAAAAACACCCUCGCUACGUAUUGUUCACAGAAUCAAAAGAUGUGUGAUAAACUUAAAAUGUUCUUGUAUGAGAACUCUAUUUUCUUGUCUUCUCAAAUUCAGUCAAAUCAUUUGGAUCCUUACUGGUAUCAGGUAUUGGUUAUGUAUUGCUUUGGUAUGAAUGGACCUUUAACCUUCUAACUAAAAUUUUGAUUUAGACAAGUCUAGACAAAAAUUUCAUCACAGCUUGAAAGAGCAUCACAAAAAUUAGCAAUAUCCCAAAGUUUUGUUACGAAAUGUUGUAAAAUGCGGAUAAUAUAGCCUUGCGAAGUUUGCAAUUUUCAGCCAUUUUAGAUUACAAACGGGAAAUUGAUACCCAAACACCCGAUUUGGGUAUCAAUUUCCCGUUUGUAAUCGAAAAUGACUGAAAAUUGCAAACUUCGCAGGGCUAUAUAUAUUAUCCGCAUUUUACAACAUUUCGUAACGAAACUUUGGAAUAUUACUAAUUUUGUGAUGAUCUUUCAAGCUGUGAUGAAAUUUUUGUCUAGAUCAAAAUUUUAGUUAUAAGGUUAUUGGUUAAAGGUCUAUUGAUGAAUCAUCUGACAUCAUUAUACCAUCAGCAGCACCAUCAUCAUCAUAACCAUCAUCAUAACCACCACUACCUUAACAUCAUCAAUUCUUUGUCACCUGAUUCACCAUCACCAUCAUAAUCCCCUAUCCUUGUUACCAUUCAUCCAGGUGAAACUACUGUAUCAACAACUUACUGGUCUUCGUCGCGGUUACGCAGCAAGCGAGACAGGAAUGAGUAACCCAUUGACAUCUUUUGAUUUCAAGUAAGACAAGAAAUUAAAACUAAAGUCAUUAACAACACAAAAAAGUCUAUUAAUAAAAUGAGGCUAAGAGAAAGUUCGGUAUUUAAUAUUUUAAAACUAAAGUGUACCCUGCAAAUAUGUGUGCGUUGUAAUUUAAAACACAAUGGCAAUAGCAAAGUGAGGUGAAUGUCAUUUUUCUAAUUUCACUUCAUAUUUGUAUAAAAAAGAAUGCUUCCAGUUUCGCACUGCCAAAUACUGCACAUUUUCUACUAGUACUUCGGAUUUUUCCUGCAGGAAAAAGUGGACGAAUAAGCGGGAAGAUCCAUACAGGUCGUAAGUCUAGAACACCGAGCUAUUCAUGUUAGCGCAAGUUCGUGCCCAUCUACUAUCUCUGCACGAUUAACCGUGUUUAUCACAUGUUUUUUAAGGUAAUCACAUUAAAGAACAUGUAAUGCACGAUUUUCUCUGUAUUAGGAAGAACGCGCUGUACCAUUUCACCUCGUAAUUGACAAGCAUUCCCUUUCUUCUUAACGCGUCUUUGCAGUUUAAUGCAACUUGGAGCGCUAAGCGAUCUGGAACACGCGCUAAUGAACCGUACAGAGACACAUCAUAUUGUUGGCGAAGGCUCCUGUUCUGCUCUUAUCAAAGUUUUACCAGACAACAAAGAUUUGUUCGUUUCUCACGUCACAUGGUUUUAUUACACAUCGAUGUUACGUAUUUAUAAACUUUACGAACUACAGCUGGUUAACAACAGCAAUCCAGGUCAGCAAAUAUUCCUUAUACGACGUUUUUGUCAAGCUUUCUUAAAUUGGCCGUCAACUGGUAUCCCAAAAUUGUAACUGUUUGAUUUCAUGUAACGUAAAAGCUAUCGCAAUGAAAUUAAGAUCAUUGCAUUCAGAAAGGACUAACUUAGAUUUUGAUAUAUAACACUUGAAUUUACAUGCAAUAUUGACUGCGCUGUUGAUGUUUGAACGUUGAACUACUGUUUUUGAAAAUGCCGGAAAUUAGCAUAAAACAGCAAAUUUUUUAUACCGGGCUUUCACCAAUUCCUAAAACGCAUUCCAAAAUCAAACGGUUGCAUCUCGCUCAAUAUUGCAUGUAAAUUCAAGUGUUAUACAUCAAAAUCUAAGUUAGUCCUUUCUGAAUGCAAUGAUCUUUAUUUCAUAGCUUUUAUAGCUUUUACGUUACAUGAAAUGAAACAGUGUCCAGUUUUUUUGGGACACCCGGUAUAUAAACACUUUCAUUUUUAGCGUAUUUGUCAUAUGUAGCGUCCUGGUAUAUAACAGUAAUUAAACAAUAAUAAUAAUAGUUCGUCUUGAAGAAUAAAUCUUUCAAAAUAACAUUUGUUUUAUACAAAUAUUAUUUAUUCCUCAAAAUAACAUUUGUUUUGUUUGUGGAACAUACAAAGAACUUAACAUUUAUUUUCUUUGCAGCUCUUCACAUUAUUGCGCAAAAUCAAAGUUUUUCCUCCUAUCCUGGGAAACUACAUAGUCAGGAUGAUUUUUAUAUGCUCAGCAGUGGAUUGGUAAUGUACUAAUAUAUUUGCUUCAAGGCACUCGAUUUCUAUCACAUUAUAAAGUUCUAAUUGCCAGAGUACCUUUUUUGCCUUCUCAAAUUGAGUCGAAUAAUUUGGAUCCUUACUGGUAUCAGUCUAGCUUAGUCAUGCUUCCCCAAGGUGGACAAAUCAGGAAACACUCUUUCCUAGACAUGUUUCCUGAAGGUGAACAGGAAACAUUUGCUACUUUGUCUUCUCUAGGUCACCCAAGAGACAACCAACGAGAACUACAACAAUGACUUAUGGCAAUAUAUAAAUGCAAAUUCUGUGAUGGAGUGGGCAAGAACGGUCAUAGCUAACAGAAUUGCACAAGAUGGUCGGCAGUGGGUUUCAUUGUUUUCAAAACUCAACAGUGGAACGUAAGUUGGCAUUGAUGUAUAGGGACGUUGCUGACACCUGCAGUGUGACUCACAUUAUUGACACUAUACCUACACUGGCAAAAACAAUUCAAGAUAUGUUCUGGUAUACGUCUGUUUUCACUGAACCUCUAGAGAGACAGUUUAGAAAUGAUAAACCUACCCAGUAUAAAUAAAGUUAGUUUAGUUUAGGUUUCCUCCUGUAGUAACACUAGAUCAAUAAGGGAUGAUCCUUACUGGACCUCUAGAGAGAACAGUUUAGAAAUGAUAAACCUACCCAGUAUAAAUAAAGUUAGUUUAGUUUAGUUUAGGUUUCCUCCUAUAGUAACACUGGAUCAAUAAGAGAUGAUCCUUACUGGACCUCUAGAGAGAACAGUUUAGAAAAGAUAAACCUACCCAGUAUAAAUAAAGUUAGUUUAGGUUUCCUCCUGUAGUAACACUGGAUCAAUAAGACAUGAUCCUUACUGAACCUCUAGAGAGAACAGUUUAGAAAAGAUAAAUCUACCCAGUAUAAAUAAAGUUAGUUUAGUUUAGGUUUCCUUUUGAAAUAACACUGGAUCAACAAGAGAUGGUUCUUCCUGGAGUUUAAGACAGACCAGUAGAACUUUUCAGUAAAUAUUUAUAAAGUUAAUUGGUUAGCUCAGAUAAUGGUUAACUAAUUCUGAUUUUUUUUCUUUGUGAUGUAGAUACAAUAAUCAAGUAAGUACAAAUUGUCAGCCGUCAGCUAUCAAUCAAGAGAUUUUUUCAGUUCAAAAUUCGGGCAGUUGUUUCACUAUACUCUAUAGUUAUUUUAUAAAAUAAUUACCAAAUGGUUUUUCGUUCAGGAUAGCGUCAUCCAUGUGCACGUGGGAUGUUGCAAGACUUUCGGAAAACGUAAAAACCUCGAGCCGCAGGCGAGUGGGUUUUUUUACGCUUUCCGAAAACCAUUUGGUAUUCCUUUAUUCUCGUUUGACCAGGGGCCCACCAGGGUUUUAAUGUUUUGUUUCAUUUCUUAUUCCCAGUGGAUGGUACUCGACUACAAAAAGUUUACACCUGGACAACCUGUUGUCCCUGAAACACUGUGGGUGUUGGAACAACUGCCAGGAAUGGUACAAAUGGCUGAUCUUUCUCUAUCCUUGAAGCAAAAUGGCUACUGGGCAAGCUACAAUAUACCGUAUGUUACUUGUGGGUUUUUUUCUCUCGCUAUUCUUAUUGUUUAUACAUGCACUUGCAAAUUCAAAUGCUGAAUUUUACAGUGUACAUUCUUAUUGUUGUGAAAUUUUCUGCGUAGUUUCUUUGAGGCAAUCUCCACUGUGAGUGCUCAAGAAAGCAUGGUGAAGAAAUAUGGUUCAUGGUUUGACUACAACCUCGCUCCUCGAGCACAAAUAUUUAAACGUGAUCAAAGCAAGGUCGUUGAUCUGGCCAGUAUGAUGAAGUUGAUGAGGUUGGUAAUGAUUUUCAGCUAAGGUCGUCCAUGUUUAGUAGAACUCUAUCUUAGCCGUACAGUAAUAUAUUAUAUUUUAUUCCCGCAUGAAGUAAUACUGGACUAAUACGAGAUGACAUUACUGGACCUCCAGGAAGAACAGUUAGUUUAUGUUUAUUAAAAUACAAAACAAUGGAAACUCCGAAGAAAUUCAUAUUUUUAAUUCAACGUUUCGACUACUGUUCAGUCAUCAUCAGCAAUUAUGAAAGCUACUAAAAUUUUAGUUGUUUUUAAACUAAAUUUUAGUAGCUUUCAUAAUUCCUGAUGAUGACUCAACAGUAGUCGAAACGUUGAAUUAAGAAUAUGAAUUUCUUCGGAGUUUCCAUGUUUUGUAUUUUAUUAGAAUACUCAGUGGUUAUCGAAAAUUUUAUGUUUAUUCCUGUAGUAAUACUGGACUAAUACGAGAUGACAUUACUGGACCUCUAAGGAGAACAGUAUAAAGCUUUCCAGUACAAAGUUAGUUCAGUUUACCUUUCCUCUUGUAGUAACACUGGACCACCAAGAAACAGGACGAACAGUUUAGAAACGAUAGAGCUUAACUUCGUACCCAGGGCUUCUGAGCACAACAAGCACAGAAGACCUGGGUACGAGGUUGCGAUAAAGCUAUUCCUGAUAUAGUUUCGUACCUAAUCAUUUGUCAAAAUCCUGCUUUAUUUCUGCAGGUACAAUGACUAUACCCACGACCCGUUAGCAAAAUGCAACUGUACUCCACCAUACAGCGCAGUGAACGCUAUCUCAGCCAGGUGUGAUCUAAACCCCGCUUCGGGCAAGUACCCGUUUGAUGUUCUAGGCCACAGAUCAGGUGGUGGGAUAGAUGCAAAGGUACGUUAUAUACCUAGAGAAGUAGGGAGGGAGGCACCGAGGGGGCAGGGCACUGAAGGAGUGAUGAGGACACUAAAAGAGGGGUGAAUGAGGGCAUUCUUGCUAGUUCAUCAGCCUGCAUGCAGCCAUUCAUAGUACAUUACUACAGGCCUAGCUUUCGACACUCUCUCAGCCAUCCCUCAUAUUAUUAAUACAGGAGCUUUACUUAUGCCGGAUAGCUCUAUCAGUUUUAAUCACUUCCCCCCUAGAGCUGCACCAAGAGACACAGUGUUACUACGAGGAAACCGAAUUGCCCGGAAAAACUGUGGUAUAUAAACUUAAGUAACUAAGGCACAUGCGACUGAGACGAAAUAAUGUUCAGACAACUGCUUAUUGUACACACGUAAAAAUGCACAAGUUGCAACAAAGCUGCAGCAGACUUGUAGCAAUGUUGUUGGAACAACAUGUCAACAGGAUGUGUUCGCGCUGCUUGCUCCCAGCUUGUUGACAAGUUGUCAACGGCUUGAACACAUUGUCAACUUGCUACAAGGUUGUCGAAUUCAACAGACGUUUGUUAUCGUCCUGCAAUUCAACAAUUUGUCAACAAGUUGUGAGUAUAAACAACUUUGUAGCAACUUGAUGAAAUAACAGCAUUGUUACAACUUCUUGACGAGCUUGCUACAAGCCUGUUGCGAACACAUCUUGUUGACAAGUUGUGAGAUUUUUACGUGUGUAGGAGUUAAACCCUGCAUGGUCACACUGACUCACACAUGUGAAAGACACGUGUACAAACCACUGUGAUCAACUCCACAAGAUUAAGUCUUAUUGUGAGAAUUAAACAGCUUAGCUGUUCUUAAUGCUUUCCCGACACUAGCAUGUAUUCUAUUGAAGUUAAAACAUAGUUGGAACAGUCAUCAAACCUUUAUUUUGUUAAUCUAGAGCUUGAAAUGUCCCCGUAACAAUGCGGUGACUGCCAACUCUCAUUAAGUGUCAUCCUCAUUUGACUGGGGUUUUGGAGCAAAAAGGGAAUUAGAUUUAGGGAAAGACGAUAGCUUUUCUUAUUUUCUUUCUUUCUUAUUCUUUAGAUAACAAGUUAUGAACUGUCUCAAAGUUUCAAAGUCUACGCAGUAAGUGGUCCAACCCACGACCAACAACCAGUCUUCAACUGGACCAUGUCGGGCUGGACACGUCCUCUGGGACAUCCUGAUACAUGGGACUUUGAACCCGUGAUGAUAUCAUGGAGUGAGACCAAGACAUCUGAAGAAAACCUGGAUAACUAUCUAGACCUAGACGCCUGA